UUCUGUGUUUACAUUUACGCGCGGUUUAUUUUACGUGAUUUUGUUUUGCAAUAAAAAUACUAGGUUGCUAUCAAAUCAAAAACAUUUCAGCAAUAGCGCGAAGAAUUAUAAGCGAUGGCAGACGAGGAGCAUUACACGGAUAUAUCAGAUAUAAUGGAAGAUACGGAAACCGAUAAUUUAAUUGACAAUGAAAAGCGUUAUGAAGAUUCUGAUUUGGCGGAAAUAAAUGCUGCAAUACAGGACUCGGAAAUUUUGCAUAAUUUGAGCAAUGAAGAGUCUCCGCCAACGGAGAUUAAGGUGCCUAAUCAGAGCAGUAAACCUGAGGUAAUACGCUCUACCAGGUUACCAAUUGCGAGGAUAAAAAACAUAAUGAAAAUGGACCCAGACGUUAGUGUAGUCUCAGCCGAUGCGGUUUUUCUCGUCACUAAAGCAACUGAAUUAUUCCUAGAAACCAUAGCGAAGGAAACUUACUCAUACACAUCAACCAACAAAAGGAAAGUUAUCUCAAAGAAGGAUUUGGACCUCAUCAUCAAUAAAGUGGACUGUCUGUGUUUCCUAGAAGGUGCUAUGGAUUUUUAAGUAGAAGAGCAAAGAAAUUUUUGAAAAGAUGUGUUGUUAAAGUUCUCUCAGUUCCAAUUUUCUAGAGAGAAAAUCUUAUGCUUGGUUUACUUAAUUUCAGUUCAACUCUGUUUUGAAUUCUGUAGGAUCAAUGAAAUAAUGUGAACCAGGUUUUAUACUGUAAAACAAUGGCUGGAGAUGCCACCUGUAGCAUACAAAAAUGUUAUAUUUCAUGUAACAUGACAAAUAACUCCAAAAGUAAUAGGCUAACGCAAGUAAUUCAGUGUAAUUUUCACCUAAGUGAUUUAAAUAUUUUUUAUGAUAGUUCUGUUAAUAUUAAAGAAAAAAAAACAGCUA